AUGGCAGUUUCUCACGUCUGGUCAGAUGGAACUGGCACUGGGGCUUGGCAAGAUGGAGAAGUCAACGAGUGUCUGUACUCUUUUUUCCGGGACAUUGCAGAACAGUUCCAAUGCGAGGGGAUUUGGUGGGAUUCUCUUUGCACUCCAAGAGAGAAGGCUGCCCGAACCAAAGCCAUUAUGGACAUGGAGAGUAACUACGACAAGGCAAGAACCACAGUAGUUCACGAUUGCUUCAUACGUAGCUGGCAAUGGAAUUCUGAAACCGCGCGUUUUGUUAUCCCCUCGUCUGUCGGAGGGAAGUGUUUUAGCGUCUACGAAAGUGGAGUAUAA